GUGAGCCCACAACACUCUACUCAGGGUGACAUAAUGAGACUCUGUCUCAAAGAAAAAGACCAGUGGCCAAGGGACAUCAGGGAGGGUGGCCAUCAGAGGGGAGCUUGGUCUUGAGUCACACACCAUAUUUAAUUAAAUAAGGCUUAGACCGUGUGUAUCUCCCCUUGAUUGCUAUUGUAGGGCCUGAUGGCCUUCGAGGAUGUAGCUGUGUACUUCUCCCAGGAGGAGUGGGGGCUCCUGGACACAGCCCAGAGGGCCCUAUAUCGCCAUGUGAUGCUGGAAAACUUCACACUUGUGUCCUCAUUGGGACUCUCUACUUCCCGACCUCGUGUGGUUGUCCAACUGGAGCGAGGCGAAGAGCCCUGGGUUCCCAGCAGGAUUGACUCAACCCCAGCCAGGAACGCACAGGGGAGGCGCAAUCCUGGUUCCCGGCAUUUGGCAGAGGACAGAAAUGUUUCCAGAGAAGCAGCCUCACAAGGGGCCAUCCCUGAUGUUGGUGCCUGGCACAGUGCAAAAAGCCAGGGGGGAGAACAGGGCGCCUCCCUGUCACAGGAGCGAAAACCCACAGGGGUGUCGAUGGUCUACUGGGAGAGUCUCCUGCUCAGCUCAGGCACUGGCCAGGCAAGCGUCAGCCUGCGACUGACAUCCCCCUUAAGGCUUCCUGAGGGCACCGGGUUCACAAAGGCCCACCCAGGCCACACUGAGCCAAGGAUGCAGCCCCAGCGGCUGGAGCAGCAUAAGCUGUCCUCCCGGGAGGCCCCUGGGAGACCUUUUCCAACGGUCCCGGACCCAGGGGCUGUUAGCGGUACCCAGGAACGCAGAGUAAGUGCGGAGUGGCUCAAACCCCAGAGACUCCCCAGCGACCAGAUGCCCCCAACCUGGGAUGAACUGGGCGAGGCUCUGAACACUGGCCCCGGCCUCCCUGGGGAGAAGCCCUUUGAAUGCAGGGCGUGCACCAAAGUGUUCGUGAAGAGCUCAGACCUCCUCAAGCACCUGCGCACCCACACUGGGGAGCGCCCCUACGAGUGCGCACAGUGUGGCAAGGCCUUCAGCCAGACCUCGCACCUGACGCAGCACCAGCGUAUCCACAGUGGGGAGACGCCCUACGCGUGCGCAGCGUGCGGCAAGGCCUUCCGGCACAGCUCAUCGCUGGUGCGGCACCAGCGCAUCCACACCGCAGAGAAGGCCUUCAGUUGCAGUGAGUGCGGCAAAGCCUUCAGUCACGGCUCCAACCUUAGCCAGCACCGCAAGAUCCACGCGGGCGGGCGGCCCUAUGCCUGUGGGCAGUGCGGCCGCCGCUUCUGCCGCAACUCACACUUGAUCCAACAUGAGCGCACGCACACGGGAGAGAAGCCCUUUUCCUGCGCACUCUGUGGUGCUGCCUUCAGUCAGGGCUCCUCUCUCUUUAAGCACCAGCGUGUGCACACGGGGGAAAAGCCCUUCUCUUGCCCGCAGUGUGGACGUGCCUUCAGCCAUAGCUCCAACCUCACACAACACCAGCUGCUGCACACAGGGGAGCGGCCCUUCCGCUGCACAGACUGUGGCAAGGCCUUUGCUAAGGGAGCGGUGCUACUCAGCCACCGGCGCAUCCACACUGGCGAGAAGCCUUUUGUGUGCACACAGUGCGGCCGUGCCUUCCGGGAGCGCCCGGCACUCUUCCACCACCAGAGGAUCCACACUGGCGAGAAGGCUGUGCGGCGGCCUAGGGCCAGCCGACAAUCCCUGGCCAAGCCUCCUUUAGGGACUUCAUCAACAGUAUUGAGGAGGGAAGCAGAUUCCAGUGCUGCUCCUGCCUCAGACCCAGCUGCUGUCCCCAAUCUAGCUGAAGCCUGAGGUCAUAGCCCACCCUUCCUGGGCCUUCUGUGAAUCCCUUCCUCAGUUGUUAGGCCCGUAUCUUCUACAAAUCCUUGGUGAGGGAAAUCCCUGUCCAUUUGAGUCAGGCAGAAGAAGCAAGAUCCAUUGGCUGUGGUUCUAUUUGCAUGUGAUGACAGGAUUUGCCACUUCAGUUCCAGCUUACACUUCUAUCCCCAAAGAAGUCACAGUGCAGAAACAUUACAGAUAGAACCCCAGGUGCCUGGGAUUCUGGUGGGCCAAGACUGUAGUCAGAGUCAGUGAGAGGCCGACAAAGGCAGCCCUGCACAGUGAGGAUGCUUCAGGUGUGUUUUGACAGGGAUGAUGCUAAGGUGAGGAGAGGAAAUGCAGGCAUGUGGGCCAGGGAGGGUCAGAGAACCUUCUAAUGUCUCCACACAACCUGGCCACUGGACAAAUGGUGAGGAACUUCCCCUUCUGAGGCCUUGGUUCAUCCAAAGCUUCAUGGCUCAUCAGUCUUAGUACACAAGAGGGCAUAGGGAAAUGGGAUUAGUGCUGGCUUUGGCCAGGUGGCUGGACUCUGAAUUUUAGCUUCCUCUGGGAAAAAGAAAAAAGAUUUGGUCAGUGAGCAUCAUGUUGGCAGACACUCUGAUAGUCAACACAUUUGCUGCAAUCUCCUGUUGAGUGCUGGGAAAUUGCAGCCCUGUGUGAUGGCUUCUGUGCCUUCUAUCCCUCCUUGGAAGAUAAGGAAACUGAGACACACAGAGGGGAAGGGAAUUGCCUGUGUCAAACAGCAGAGCUUGGACUCAAACUCAGGGAGACUGGCAUCAUGUCCUGAGCUAUGCUCUAGCCUUCCUGGUAUGGGGCCUGGCCUGACUCCCCACAUAUAUCCAACUGAGGCUGUGGAAGCCUCCAGGGAAAGGUGUGGCUCUUAGCAUUGGAAACACACAUACAGGGUGAUGGGUCUACAGUGGCACUUGUUCACAUUCUCAUCCAAGUCUCAACCUUUGCCUAGUGUCACAGACUCUUUUUCCAAAUUCAGCCUCACAAGAAGUCUACAUCUGAGGUGACAGUAAUAACUUCAGAGGAGAAAAGAGGCUGGCUUGUUUUUUCUAGGUUUGACAUGCACUCCUAUUCUUCCUUCUCAAUUACAGGUGGACAGAGAGCCAAGUAGGAAGGAGUUGCCAUUACCUAAGGUCAUGUGUGACACCAUCCUGAGAUCCAACUCCCACCCCCCAAUGUAAUACUCCUGAAUGGUAGGGAUAGAAGAGUGGUUUGGGGGACCUGUUUGCUUCCUCUGGCCUUUAGCAUACCAGGCUCUCACACCACCUGAAGCUUUACGUGCUGGGAAAUUAAUGGCCUUUUGCCUAGAACAACAACAAAAAAAGACUAGCAUUUACAACUUGAAAUAGACAUUGUAAUUCUUGCUUAGCAAUGUGAACCUCUGUCCUGACUCCAUGGCAUGGUUCAGGUUUAAUAAGAGUUCAAAGGCUCUCUGAUAAAAGUUCUUUUCAAAUACUUGUACAUCCAUGUCACCCUAAUAUAUCUACAGAUGAUGCUGAACAUGCAAAGGUCAGGGUGUUAUUGUUGCAGAAGUUCAGGGUCUUCAUCCUUCAAGAGGGCACAGGGUAGAAAUGGAACCUGGGUUCGGCGCCUGUGGCUCAAGUGGCUAAGGCACUCUUAGGAGGCCGAGGCAGGAG